AUUUUUUUUAAAUUAGCGAAUCCAGUAAUUACAUACUCCCACCCCAACUCUUCCCAUCCGACGCCAGGGGCAGCACCUGGGCAGCCCGCCCCAGGGGUUGGAUUGCGGGUUGGAUUCCCUUUGGAGCGCACCCUUCUGCAGAAGUGCAAUGGCGCCUUUUGGACCCACUUACGAUUGAUGGAUUGAUUUCUUGUGGCACCUUGUUAUUUCUAACAUUACCAAGGGCGAACAGGCUGUGUGUUUUCAGUCUGUUAGGUAUUUAUUGAUAUGCCAAGGUCUUAACCCACGCGUUAUUUUGUCCCAAUUUUAGAGACUCAUAUGCAGCACUCUCUUCUACAGGACCGCACCUAGCACCACACCACGCAGCAGCCUUCCCGGGUCCUUCUCGACCGGCAACUGCAGUGGGUGCAGAGCGCUGAUGGGCGCGGAGUGUCCACAAGGACAAAACUCAAAGAGGCUGACGUGGCUUCGGAGCAGACACGCGAAGGGGACACUUUGGGCUCGCUUCCCCCGCUUCUACCUGGUGCUAUAGGCAAAGAGUCCGGAGGCAGGUAGCCUCAACCGCGAAAGGAGGGUCUCAACUAUUCCCAGACUCUGGGUAGAGACCGCCUCCGCACUCUCACUAUCAGCCUCCUUUAUCGCGCUUCCCGGGUCCCGCCCUCGGGAUGGAUGCCAGAGCCACAGUCGGCACAGCCCCGCCCGCACCUCGUCCCCGCGCGGCCCGGGCGGUGGUUGUGUACAAGUUCUCCGGGUGCGGGCUCCAGCCCGGUAAGAUGUUGGCUGCGGCUGCAGCGGCUGAGACGAUGGCAGCGCCUGCGGGCAGGAAGGGAUGGAGGCAGCGGGACCCGGACGUAACCUGGACCGGGAGACUCAGGUCUGGGCUCGGUCUCCCAAGGCUCCUGGUGGUGCUCCCGCUGCUGCUGCUGCUCCUGUUGCUCCCGCUGUUGCUACUCUUGCUGUGGCCCCGAAAGGCUGGGGCGGCGGCGGCGACAGGAUCAGGCUCACUUGCAUCCGAGGCCAAGAAAUGCGAUCAGCCCUGUGUCAACCGCGGCCGCUGCGACCCUGGCACCGGCCAGUGCAUCUGCCCCGCCGGCUGGGUGGGCGAGCAAUGCCAGCACUGCGGGGGCCGCCUCAAGCUAACUGGAUCUUCUGGGUUUAUAACAGAUGGACCUGGUUAUUAUAAAUAUAAAAUGAAGUGCACGUGGCUCAUUGAAGGACAGCCAAAUAGAAAAAUGAGACUUCGUUUCAAUCAUUUUGCUACAGAGUGUAGUUGGGACUAUUUAUAUGUUUAUGAUGGGGACUCAAUUUAUGCACCACUAAUUGCUGCCUUUAGGUAAGCUCAGUCAUAUAAAUAGUUGGUCAUCAUUAUUUUAUUUUUGAAUUUAAACCUAUAUCCUGUAUUACAUUCUUACUGGAUUCACAGUUAAUAUCACAUAACACAUUCACUUCAUGGAAUGAGUGGUUCUGCAGUCCACUUGCUUGUGUGCUAGUCCUGACUGGGCUCCUUUGCCUACUGGGUCAGUUUCUGGGCGUAGUGCUUGAUCUCUUCCAUUUUGCUGAUCUGUAAAGUUUUGUGACAGUAUUACCAAGUUUACCUUCUCUUCAUGGUGGGGGUGAAGUUUACCUUUUCAGAAAAAAAUGUUUGAGUAAUAUGUUAAAUAUAACAUUUUUGUGAAAAUUUAAAUUGGAAACCAUGCCCAUCUUGUUCUUCUGUGUUAUUACAUAGAACUUCAGGAAUUACUUGCUGAAUUCACAUAUGGUUGGUGGGUGUGUGUGUCAGUCUGCAUUUGCAUUUACGUAUAUGUAUGUAUAUGUAUUUAUGUAUGUGUUAUAAUGGGUGAGGGAAACUUUGGAAUGAAAUAAAUAAAAUGAAAGUGGUUACCUGCUAAGAAUGAGGAACAGACCAGUUAUUUAUUGCUUUUC